AUGGCGCCUCGGCCUGGCGUGCCUUCUCCGGCGGCGGCGGCGGGGGGCGAGGCGGGUCGGCCGUGGGCCCCGGCCGGGGCGGCGCUGGGCUUCGCGGAGAAAAGUGGCUUGCUUAAUCAGGCUUCAGCGACCAGCAGAAAGGAAGAAAUGGGAACCCAAGAAGAUACUGAAAUGGAGAGAGUGGAUGAUCAGAAAGCGCAGUACCUUCAGAAGGCCAAGCGGAGAGAAGAAAUCCUGGCUUUGCUGAGGAAACAACGGGAAGAGAGGAUCAUGAAAGAGGCCGUUUCUCGUCCUCACAAGCCGAAGAUGAAAACGGAAGAAAGCCCUCCCACUGGUGGCCAGGCACUGCUUGGAAACCCGACACACGAGGUCCCCAAGGCACUGAAUAUCACUGAGCAAGUUAAAGGUACCAGAUUCUGACGCAGAAGAUCAAGAAAGUGUCAGAGCGUUGAUUUGAACAAUUUCGUCCAAGCGAGCGGCUUGGAGAGAGAAGCGGUUGUCCCGCCCCUUCAGGAAUCCUGGUCCUGUUACACUUUGGCUCUUCAGGCAUACAGGACCUUGUGAAUUCCCGGCCAAACUCUCACCCUGGGCAGCUUACCAGAAGCUGAUAGAGGCUUCGAUUCAGACGAUAGAUUUCUUGGUCUCUGGAGUCAAAGAAAGUUCAGCAAGGCAUAGUAUAGUAAUUCAAUUACACCGGUUUUGAAAUACAGAUCUUAA